AUGACUGAGACAGAGGAAUUCAAAGAAGAGUGUCAGCUGCUACCAGGUGCUCAUUUUAAUGAAAUAUGCUGUGGCAAUGAUGACAAAUCAUGCUGUGAUAAUUCCAAGUAUAGUGUAAAUUUGCUUGACUGUGGUUCAACAUCUUAUGAAGAUCGUUUUGUUCUUGGGCCUGCUGACGAUAAUACAUGUAAUCUGAUGAUCUGUAGUACACAGCUACUAGAUCGAGAAGACGUUGAUGAGUAUACUUUCAAAAUAGCUGCAUCAAACAAAUCAGAUUCUCUAGGAAAUCCUUCUACAAAUUGUGUUGAUUUACUAACCAAUGAGAUGAUAUUAAAGAUCAAUAUCUCGGAUAUUAAUGACAACAAGCCAUACUUCACACAGACCAUUUAUGUCAAAGGAAUUCAUGAUAACACUAGAUAUGGAUUAUCAAUAUUACAAGUUGAAGGUUCUGAUGACGACAUAGGUGAGAAUGCCAGACUCUGUUACUCUGCUAGUGAGGAAGCCGAUGAGAAGUUCAGUGUUUCUUGUAUAGAGGGUGAUGUACAUACUGUCCAAUCGAGUUAUACUGACUACGUUGGAAGUAAUUGUACUUUUGAUGUAACUGCACAAGAUACGCCUACUGAUACCGAACCCAACCUGUCAACAAAUAAUGCUGAGGUUAUU